UCAACGCUCGAAAAGAAAUUCCCGAGUUGCAAUCAUUUCUCAUGACAUGUUGAAUGUUAGUGUAGUAGAAGAUCAGUAGCUUAAAUAGCGUACAACAUCCAGCUAGAAUGAACUCAUGGAAAAUGGAAUGUUUGUGCAUUUUUUCCCUCAGAAAUUUGCCGGUUUCUGUAUCCUCCAUUAUUUCCCACUGCCUAAUCGUGACUCUUCUGGUUUGUAGUCCACGCAUCAUCAACGGUGCUGAUAGAUUCAAAGAUGGCGUUUUGGUCACCGAUUCGAGGUUCUACCUUCAGCAGGGGAGAUCUCAACGCAUUUCAUGCACCAGCCUCAAUGAUACCAGCGAUGUUGUGGUAGUCUUUUGGUACAAGCUCCCCCAAGUUCCCGAUGGAGACUUCGAGCCUGACCUGCUGGUUCGAUUCACCCUGGAUCUCCACGGCGGGAACUAUAGCGCGGGGCCUCGGUAUCAGCUGGCGCCGGACAUGAGCCUCAUUAUCAAAUCGGUGGUUGGUGAGGACGCAGGGAGGUACCAGUGUCAGAAGGUGUCGUCGACACAAGCUGAUAACAGGGAGAACGAAGUUGAAGUUGUCGUGUUAGAUGAAGAAUUUCCAGCUGCAAGGGGUGUAGUCAGGGAGGGAAGAAACAUCACGAUAAAACGAAACCAACAAGAAUUCGAAAUAUCGUGCCCUAUCGAAGAAGUAUCGAACCUUCGCCAGCCAACUGUGUACUGGUCGACGGAAACGAGUGGGCUGGAUGAACCAACGGAGAUUGUCGCACAGAUGUUUUCUGACGAAGAGACCUACACUACCAAUGACUACAGGUUUGCUUCCAGUAAUAACUUGAUCCUGCCGGCGGUAAAUUCGGAAAAUUCUGUGGGACUCUGGUGCCACGUGUCGUCAUCUCUGGAUCAUUUGUUCCUUCAGAGUGCGAGGGUUUCUGUGAACAUCCAAGAUGAGAGUUACGUGGGGCUAAUCGUCGGUGUUUUAGUGGCCGUCACCGUGGUCUUGAUAAUUCUCGUUUUCCUGGUGUGCUGGAAGCGUGAUAGAGUAAAAAGAACAUUCUUUAAAGAAGAUGUUCACCUUCAGGGACCAUCGAUUUCAUCCGGAAACCAAGACGAAUGGACGCUCGAAACCUACUUGGGCCCAAAGGGAAACAACUUUGGAGGUAAAUUUUCGUCCCUGAAGAGUGUCGCCAGUUUUAACAAGUCGUUCCUCGCGGUUCUUGAUGACAACGGUUUGCAUACAUUCUCACCUGACCUCACUCGCCUGGAUCACGUGACCAAGCUGAAAGCUUCGCCUGAAAACUACGUCACCAUGGUUACCCACACUGACGGUCUUCUUCUGCUUUUGGGCGCCAAAAACGGAGACGUCACCAGCGUGAGUUUCAAACCUUUCAGUGAAAAGCUGUUCUGUUCGCUGUCGGAAGAAAAAACUGACCCAGACGAGAAAAACGAAGACUCUGAUUCCAUCAAAGAACCAAAAGGUACUAGUAGUGAGAGUGCUGCUUUAACCAUGGUAUCGCACGAGCUCACUGACCUCGCUGUAGAUGCAAACGGCGACGUGUAUGCAGGAGACAACAGCAACCACACUGUCACCAUUUUCACCCCAGGCCAAAAGGGUUGCUCAAAGCGAUCCUUCGAGUUAGAUUUUCCCCCUAAAAUACUAGCUGGGGGCUCGGAGGGAGAGAUAUUUGCGCAUAACGGUGACCAUGGAAGCCCGAUCAAACGCAUAAAGGUCAAUGAUAAAAACGUAGAAACGGUUUUUCUAGACGUAAAAAACUCGCCUGUAAAUCCAGUCAAUGUUCUUGUAGACAAUUCGCAUGUGUUCAUCGUCAGUGAUACUAAAGUCAACGGGCAGAUGGAGAUCCUGCAGUAUGACAACAAGGGCAAUUUCUUGCGGCCGUUUGUCAAACCCUGGCUGGGUAUUCAGGGGAUGUGCAUGUUCGCGUCUGGAGAGAGACUAGCGUUGUUCGAUCACUCCAUCGUUAGGAUAUACAGGAAGCAGCUUGCUAAGAACCGCGUGGUAUAAGCGACAGAGUAAGCGUGAUGGAAGAUGGUGAUAGACUCAAUUCCAGCCACGAUUGAUGGUCUUGAUAACUAAGACUGUUACAUGAAAUGGCUCUGAGCAAAAAGGUAUAAAACGGAAUUUGUUUGUGACCCCAAAUGAUUCAGUAAUGAAUUCCAGUGGGAUUGCGUGCAAUCACUGAGGUGGGAAUGCAAUAUAAUUAAUAAAUAAAGCGACAGGGUAUAAACAAAAGCUAAACCCAAACCCUUAAAAAGUAUUCAAUAUUUUUUACUUUUAAAUCGAGAUUUUAAAGUUGGUGAUGUUUGUUGUGACGAGAAUUCUUGAAAUCGCAUAUUUGGACAGAAGAAACUCAUUGUGUUUAAUGGUGAUAUUCUUUGAACGGAAGGGGCAAUUUCAGCUUUUUUUUUAAAUCUAAAAGUAGUUUAUGAAUUUGG